GGAGCCCAGGGCAGUGCCUUGAAGUGCCCUCUUUGCCGGCCUGAUCUCACAUUUCACAACCCCACUGAACGCUGUACGGAUGACUCCAAGAUCCCAUACCCUUUGUUUUUGCCCUGAGUGAUCCUCGGCAACAGCAGAUUUCCUAUCUCUAUACCAGCGCCAACCACGACGAGUCCACGACGGUCGGCACAGCUUCUGCUGUGUUGGACGGUGCGAAGAGCCCUGCUUGGGCGCCCGUCGCCGUCCCUUUACUGCGGUAUGCCAUGCGAUGGGCGGCAUAACGUUAACUGCUGCGGCGGCCUCCCGGCCUGUCGAGUCUGGUAGGCAAUCCAGCUCCAGCACGCCAUUGCCUUCCUCCGUCGGCUCGCACUCAGCGCCGCAUUUGUUGGCUGCACCCGGCCGUGCGCUGGCCCAACCCUUGGCUUCUUCUGCCUUGGAAGCCGCCCUGGUCGGUCCAUCCUCUGGUUUCAAGAGCCUGCCGCCGCUGCCGGGUUUGGCAGCCUUCGACAUUCCGUCUUUCGACCUGGUCAGCGAGUUCGAGAAGUCAUUCAACUUCUCCUCCACAACCGAGGCACGCUCCCCGAGACCAGCUACUGCAACCGAGAGCACCGCGCACACUCAACUCGGAAACGGCGGCAACAACGACCACGUCGACGGCGGCAAGACGGCAGCCGGUGCCACACGGGUCGACGGCCACAGCCGCAGCAGGAGCAGAUCAAUGGUCGACCGCCCCCUCUCCUUGCUUCCGAGCUCGAAAUCGAGUCCCGACGUCCGCGCCUGCCAAGAACAUCACCCAAAGCGGUUGGUGAAACAGAAUGUGGCGGCCGGGCCAGAGAGCACUGCGGCGGCGAAGCCCGUGGAACGGUCGAGACCUGUAGAGUCUUUCGCCGAUUUUGCGAGGCGGUCCUGGAUCUCCAAGUCGCGAUUUCCUUCGCCGCCUGGCAAGCCCGAAGAACUGCGAGCCUCUGGCCGCACCGUUUCUGCCGAGCUAGCUGACCCGGCCAGGACAAAGGCAGCGGCUAACAGUCAGGCGGCGGUUGAAACCACAUGUGUUGUCGAGCCGUCGAGCAACAGGAGCCGCGCACUGAAUCGUGCCAGUGUGUAUCUGACAAAGAUCAAGCAAAAGCCGCAGAGCGUGUUCUCUCGGAGCGCCUCAUCCCCCAACCUCAAGCCCUCGCUCGGCAAGAGCACGGCUGCAGGCGACGCCGGGUGCGGUCCGUCCUCCACAGCUGCCGCCGUCCGCCGUCCUGGCGCUCCUGCGGUUGCGAAGAAUGCGUCAUACAACAGCAUCAGCUCGGCCACAUCACGCACUUCGUCGGCCGAUUCUGAGUUGGACACCGACACAGCAACGGCGAGCAGCACGUCCGAGAACGCCUCGCAGGUCACGGUCGACACGCCCGUGACGAUGCCGCAGCAGACCUCACGCGACCCUCUAUGGGCGACGUUCCGGACUCUCGAUGUCGAAUUCGCCCGGUUCGCCGCGAAGGGCUCGACAGCAGGGCGCAUGAGUGUGAUCCGGUCGAUACUGGUGCCGUUCCUGCGCAGCACCGCGUACCACCCUUCAAACUCGAGCCGCUCCAUUCUGACCCCCGAGGACAUCGAUCGCAGAGCGACCAUCUUGAACAAGUGGUGGAACGGCCUCUUGGGAAUGCUGGCUGGCGCAAAUUCGAGGCUGCCACCCGGGCUUGGCCAGGGCAUCGCCUCGCUGGGCGUGGAAUUCCCGGUGUUACAGCCCGUCGCAGGUGUGGACAGGCCGACGCUGCUCGAGGCGGCCUCCAUGAUCAUGAUGCGGCCAGAGUGGCGGACCUGCACCAGCGCCUUUCAGCCCCUGGCCGACCGUUGCCCGAAGGAACGCGUCCGGCCGAGGUCGGAAACAGAUUCGACAGUGGCGAGCGAACCGGACUCGCUUCUUACCGAGUCCGUUGAGCAUAACGUGCGCACCAUGUUCGUCACCAACCUGACGACCCAGAUGGCGCUGGUCGUCGAGAAGAUGUCGUUGCGGCACGCUCCGUUGAGUCUGGUCAGCUGGUGCGGCAAGGCGUGUGCCUACGCCUUCUUCUUCGUUCCCGGCGUUUCCGAUGUGCUUGUUCGCCUCUGGAAUCUGAACUCGGACCUGUUGCGCAGGAUAGCAGACGAAUUCGGGCUCCCGAGGAGAAACAAGGGCGAGAGCGAGGACAUCGUCGCGUUGUUCCCGUCUCACUUGCACAAGCUGGGCUGGUCGUCGGCCAAAUCGCUCGCCGACAGGCUCCGGGUGGCGGCGAACCUCCCGCUGAUGCUUGCCAAGAUACACUGGCACGGCCCCUGGGUUUCGAGGUGGCGGGGUCGGGAUACGGACCUGGUCUUCAUCUUCUGCAAGUACUUUUACAUUCUUGCCCAAGGGUUCAUGCCAGAGGGCCUUCCGCUGGUCGAGAAGGCCCGCGCACCUGCGUUCGUGCUGGUCCAUGCCCAGCUCCUGUCUAUCCUGGACAGCACCAUUCACCGGCAGGCCUCGCUCGAGGGCUUGCUGGGGCCUCCUCUUUCUGACGCGCUGCAUGGUGCCGAUGCAGCUCUGACGGCGCCUCCGUUUCCGAGCAACCUGCUCAAGGAAAUGGACGAGAACCGGCUGGUCAUUCUUCUCAAGGAUAUGCUAGCAGACCACCCCUUUGGCGUUGCUGCCGACGUCAAGCAUACCUUUGCCGAGGCCUUCGUGGCUGUUGCCAAGGCCGCCACCAAGCGGACGCCGCGUUUCGAGCAUGCUUCCUGCUUCUUGCUGUGUGACUUCCUUGAGGAGGCACUAGUCGCGCUCGACGCGUUCCAAAACACGGUCAACGCAAGCAUCGCGACGUCGCCGACAAAGGAGAACGCUACUUCCAGAUAUUCCGAGCCCGCCAGCCCCACGCCGCCGGCAAACUACGUUGACUGGCCGUUUUGGUUCGAGGUUGGCAAGAUGAUCAUGGACUCCAACAACACCAUGUCCGAGAUCCGGAUACUCUCCUUUCUCUUCUCUGUCUGGGAUGCCAUCACGGCAGACCCUGUGCGCAAGGAGGUGCUCUGCUUGGAUUGGCUGCUCUCUGAGGAGGUCUUCGCCAAGUUUUUCAAUCACUGGUGCCCAAUGGUUCGCGCAUAUUACAUGCGCUUGCUUUGCUGGCGGAUAUGCAGAGACUCGGGCAGCAACAAUGAGGUGGACUUAAAAAUCUUCCUCGUUGCGUCUCAGCGGCUGAGAACCAUUUGGUCACACUAUCUCUGGCUCAAGCAGGAUGCCGAGGCCAAAGGCCGUAUCCAGCCGUCAACAGCGCCUUCCUCUCCUGCGCCGGGCAAGCGGUUCCUGAUCAUCCGGACCGAAGUCCAGCCAACGCAGCACUCGCCCCGACUGGGGUUCGAUCCGUUUUCCAGCGCAUUCCCCAAUUCGGAGCCUACGCUUGAUUGCCUGGGUCCCGUCGCGGGUAAUGAUGACAGGGCAUCCGGCGGAGCCAAGGCCGACUCCAACCAGUGGUUCAAGAGGAGAUGGUCGCUUCUAGGGAAGGUCCUUCCAUUCAGUGCAUCGCAAGACAGUCCCACAUCAGAGACCAAACGCUCCUGGGAGGAAGAACUGGAACGGGCUCGCCGUGAUACUGCGGCAUCCCGCCUAGCGAGCCGCGGAGGAACUUUCGCUUCCUUCCAGCCGCUGGGCCCGCCGACUCCGCCGAAGCAGGACACAUCAACCGCUGCGAGGCCGUCAUCUGACUCCGCUUCUUCCACCGGCUCUGCUCCCGUUUUUGACGCGGGAACAUUUGUCUUCCGCUUCACUCUUACGUCCCAGACCGGCCCCGGCGGCGGACCGAUGCCUUGCGGACCCGCCCGUGACCGCGUCCUAACCCGGCCUCGACUUCCGGCGCCCGCGCAGGCACGGGUUAGCGUCCGCUCAGCCGGUCUGAAUAGCAGCGAUGGGAACCGCCCCCCCAUGUUCCGCAGCGACAGCCCGCCCCCUAUCGCGCCUGGACUUCCGCCCGAGACUAGACGGGUCAGUGGAUGCUUGCAGACCGGCCUGGUCAGCGAAGCUCGAAACGCCAAACCCCUGACGGACCCUCGCGAGCAAUCUCAAGCGUCGGCGAUUGUGAAAGAUGCCGAGAAGCGACCGUCUUUGAGCAUCGACCUCACGCCAACCAGCUUGCUCGACGAGGGGCGCAUGGAUGAGAAGGGGCUGGGCAUUCAGGCCCCCGACCGGGUGUCCGGGUUCGCGGGCGUUGAAUCCGACCGCGGCCGACCGUCUGACGCUGGAAGGGGACCUGUGCCUGUGCAGCCACCGCCGAUUCGCGCCGAGCGGCCGUCGGGCGUCUACGCUGCCGGGGCGGUCUAUGCCGGGCGGGCUCUGGCGGAGUGGAGCAUCGUGGUCAGCGAGUGCAACAGCUUUGUCGACCGGCGGCGGGACGAGGGCGUGCUGGGGCUGAGCGACGUCGAGGUACCGGCUCUGGGUGUCGAGGGGCUCGGGCUGGGGCUGAAAGUCCGAGGCUAGAUCGUUCAUGGCUCCCGCCACAUACAUGGCUUGCGAACUCGGCAAAGGCCUAUGCGGGGUGUUCAAAUGAUUGCAUUCCACAAACGUCAUCUUCGUCUAUCCUUGCCAACUUGCUAUCUUGGAUCUCAAUCGGCUCACUUGUUGGUUCUUCCGGCGGCUCCUUUUCGCAUUUUCGCGGUUGCAAAGGAAAACGAAAACGCCACAUUCGCGCAUACCAUACCAUAUGCCUUACAUAUUCGCGAUGUCUGCUUCUUCUGUCACAUACUCGCAUCUACUCGCGGCGUUGAGGAUCUGGUCAGGGGUGAGGUCGGCGGGUUCUCCCUAGAGUGGGAUCAAAGUUUCUUCUUUUUUUCUUUU